ACAAGGCGUAAGAAAGAGGCUGGUGUUACGGUGCUAGGUUGAGGGAUUUUUUCUUUCGUCUGUCAAUAAUUAUGACGGAUGUGGAGCUCAAGAAUAGAGGAAACAAGCUCUUUGCAGCCAGGAAAUAUGAGGAGGCCAUCACGUGUUACUCGGAUGCGAUUACGAAGAAGCCCUCAGUUGCUGUUUACUACACAAACCGUGCACUAUGUAACCUGAAGCUGAAGAGGUGGGACCUGGUGAUGCAAGACUGCCGCAUGGCCUUGGAGAUCGAUGCCACACUCGUCAAGGCGCACUUCUUCCUCGGCCAGGCUCUCCUCGAGACAGAUAACUUUGAUGAUAGCAUCACACACCUACAGAGAGCCCAGGAUUUGGCCAAGGAACAAAAAGUUAACUAUGGGGAUGACAUCGCGUGUAUGAUUCGUGUCGCUCGCAAGAGGAGAUUCAACGUAUCCGAAGAGAAGAGAAUCACGCAAGAAUAACACAGUUUGACUUACCUGAAUAGAUUAGUGUUAGAGGACCGAGACCGGCGAUUAGAAGAGGUUCACAGGAAGUACGAGGGAGAUGAGGAGAAAGCCCAGGAGGAAAUCAUGAGGAUAGAACAACAGACGGACAACCACAUCACGGAAGUAAAUACCAUGUUUGCCAAACUGGACGAGAGAAGAAGAAAAAGAGAAGUACCAGACUACCUCUGCGGCAAGAUCAGUUUCGAGAUCCUGAGAGAGCCGGUGGUGACUCCGAGUGGCAUCACAUACGACCGCAGGGACAUUGAGGAACACUUGCAGCGUGUGGGCCAUUUCGACCCAAUUACCCGGACAGACCUCACAGUGGACCAGCUUAUCCCUAACCUGGCCAUGAAGGAAGUGGUGGACUCAUUCCUGGCUGAGAAUGAGUGGGCUCUCGACUACUAGCCCCGGGUCUUCGUUGUUGUUGUAUUUUUUAAUUUUAAGUGUUUAGAAAUGUUCAUUUUUUUUACCCUGCAU